AUGGUUUUCCUGAGCUCGGAGGGCACAGCAGUGUCAGAGCCAGGACUAAUGCUUGUAUCUCCCCCAGGUCUGGGCCAGAGCUGAUUUCUCUCUGGCCUUCCCAGACACCUCUUCUAACAGAGCAGUGGACACCUCUGGGAGCCGCUGACAUUUUCACCGCUCCUCAGUCCAUCCCUAGAGUUUUGUCUUCAACCCGAGGAGCUAGAAACAGAAGUCCAGGAUGGAGGAUGAACGACAGAGGGGCAAUGGACAGGCAGUCCAAGGGCAGUCAUAUGGAGUGGACAUGGAGGAGCCAGGGUACAACCAAAGAGGCCAGAACCCAGUUGGGAAGGAGAAAGCCACUGAUGACCCCAAGAGAAGAAGGCGGGAUUACAUGCGCCUGGCCCCUCUGUGGCUUGCUCUGCUGAUGUUAGCAGCAGGUGGAGUCCUGCUCUGGUAUUUCCUAGGAUACAAGAGAGAGGUGACUGUCAGCCAGUUGUACUCAGGCAGUCUCAGGGUGCUCAAUCGCCACUUUUCCUUGGACCUUUCCCGCCGGGAAUCCAGUGCCUUCCGCAGCGAAACUGCCAAAGCCCAGAAGAUGCUGAAGGACCUCAUCUUUGCUUCCCGCCUAGCCCCAUACUACAAUUCAAGCACCGUGUAUGCAUUUGGGGAAGGGCCUCUGACCUGCUUCUUCUGGUUCAUUCUCCAAAUCCCUGAGAAUCGCCAUCAGAUGCUGACCCCAGAUAUUGUGAAGGAGGUGCUGGUGGAGCAGCUGUUGUCCAAUGCCAACGAGACAAGAGGCACCCCUGACCAGGAAGAGUAUGAGGUGGACCCUGGGGGCCUUGUUCUUCUGGAGACCAGUGUGAAAGACAUAAUUUUGCUGAAUUCUACACUGGGGUGCUACCGAUACAGCUACAUCAGUGAAGGCCAGGUAGUGCGGCUCAAGGGCCCUGAUCAUCUUGCUUCUAGCUGCCUGUGGCACCUUCAGGGUCCUGAGGACCACAUGAUCAAGCUUCGACUGGAAUGGACCCUGGCUGAGUGUCGGGACAGGCUAGCCAUGUACGAUGUUGCCGGACCCCUUGAGAGCCGUCUCAUCACCUCACUCUAUGGCUGCAGCCGCCAGGAGCCAGUGGUGGAGGUCCUGUCCUCAGGCCAUGUCAUGUCUGUGGUCUGGAAGAAAGGCUUGUACAGCUACUAUGACCCCUUCACACUCUCUGUCCAGGCGGUGGCCUUCCAGGAAUGUCAGGUGAACCUGACCCUGGAGGGCAAACUGGAGCUACAGGGAAACAUCAGCACCCCCUACUAUCCCAGCUACUACUCCCCUAGCACCCACUGUACCUGGCAUCUCAUGGUCCCAUCUCUUGACUAUGGAGUGGCCCUCUGGUUUGAAGCGUAUGCUCUGAGGAGGCAGAAGUAUGAUGUGCCCUGCACCCAGGGGCAAUGGGUCAUACAAAACCGAAGAUUGUGUGGCCUUCGGACCCUACAAGCCUAUGCAGAGAGGAUCCCGGUGGUAACUUCUGCUGGCAUCACCAUCAACUUUACCUCCCAGAUCUCCCUCACAGGCCCUGGUGUGCAGGUUCACUACAGCUUAUAUAAUCAGUCAGAUCCCUGUCCUGGAGAAUUCCUGUGCUCGGUGAAUGGCCUCUGUGUGCCAGCCUGUGAUGGGAUCAAGGAUUGCCCCAAUGGCCUGGAUGAGAGAAACUGUGUCUGCCCAUCUGCCUUCCAGUGUGAGGAAGACAGCACGUGCAUCCACCUGCCCAAGGUCUGUGACAAACACCUGGACUGCAUCAACGGAAGUGAUGAAAGGCAGUGCCAUGAAGGGGUGCCCUGUGGGGCUUUCAAAUACCGGUGUGCUGAUGGAAGCUGCCUGAAAAAACCCAACCCUCAAUGUGAUGAUAACCCUGACUGCGAAGACCAGUCUGAUGAGCUACACUGUGACUGUGGGCUUCAGGCUCCUGCCACCAGAAUUGUGGGGGGUGCCAUGUCUGUGGAGGGGGAGUGGCCGUGGCAGGCCAGCUUGCAGGUGAGGGGCCGGCACAUCUGCGGGGGGACCCUCGUCUCCGAUCAAUGGGUGGUGACUGCAGCCCACUGUUUCCAGGAAGACAGCAUGGCCUCCCCAUCGGUCUGGACCGUCUUCCUGGGCAGGAUCCACCACGGUGCUCGCUGGCCCGGUGGGGUGUCCUUCAAGGUCAGCCGCCUGCUCCUUCAUCCCUACUACGAGGAGGACAGCCACAACCAUGACGUGGCCCUGUUGAAGCUGGAUCAUCCCGUGGUCCGCUCAGCUCUGAUCAUGCCCAUCUGUCUGCCUGCCCCAUCCCACUUUUUCCAGCCUGGCCUUCACUGCUGGAUCACAGGCUGGGGGGCACUUCGAGAGGGAGGUCCCUCCAGCAGCACCCUCCAGAAGGUAGAUGUGGAGCUGGUCCAACAGGACCUGUGCAAUGAAGCUUACCGCUACCAAGUUAGCCCGCAGAUGCUAUGUGCCGGACAUCGCAAAGGCAAGAAGGAUGCCUGCCAGGGUGACUCAGGAGGCCCACUAGUUUGCAAGGAGUCCAGUGGCCGGUGGUUCCUGGCGGGCGUGGUGAGCUGGGGCCUGGGAUGUGGCAGACCGAACUACUUCGGAGUCUACACCAGAAUCACUCGGGUGAUGGGCUGGAUCCAGCAGACCCUGUCCUGAAGAUGCUGCAUCCGUCCGGCCCAGCUGUGGCCAUCCAUCGGCCUAGAGCCCACCCAAGAGCUCAGAAGCCCUGUUUAGCUGGUUCUGCCUCUCCUAUGUGGAGGGCUGUGUAUGUGUGUGGGGGGGGAGGGUUCUACCCAGCUGGUGGGAGAAUUCGGAUUUUUCCAGGGAGGAAUGAGGCAGUAACUGUGGGGCUGAGACCACCUACUUUGUUCUACAUCCCUUACCUGCUCUGUCCUUUUGGGAGACCCUCCUGACCUGCUUCCUUGUCCCACCACAAGAGAUGCAAAGAUGUGACUUUGGAAUUGACCUGGCCAGGCCCCAGUAAUGUUUGGGUGGUGAAGGCACCUUCCCUCCAAACACCAGCAGGCAGCAUCCUCUCCAAAGGUCCACUAGGCUGGUGACGAUCCUAUACUUCCCUUUCUUCCCAUCCUCCUCUGUGCCCUGACCCUUUAUCAGCUCUCAGAGGCCACCCCAGCCUGGAGCCCUUUGGCAGGUCUGACUGGAUGGGGGAACUGCUCUGGACUCACAGUGGGCAGAAGCCCAAAUCCUGGAUGAUUCCCCCUGAGAGCCCCCUUCCUCUCAGCCAAUUUCAAAACAAACAGCUUUUCAAGAAUAAGCCCCCCGCUUUUGAAUGUGACAGAAUGAGGGUUUCCACAAGCCUCCAUGCUUUGGGGGUGAGGAGGUGCCUGAGCAGAGAUGCCAGGGGAAUUGAGGUAAGGGGAGCAGCCAGCCUGACUUCACACCCACAUCUGUAAAAGGAGCUCUGGCUCCCAUUCUAACCUACAGGGAUUUUUCAUAAGCCAAAGAGGGAAAGAGGCUUCUCAGAUCUGAAGCUUUCCUCCAUCUCCCUGCCCCUCACCUGGACUCAAACCUUCUCAAACCUUCUCUGCGUUCUUCUACCCACCUCCAGUUCCCACUAUCUCCUUGGCCAAAGGGAGGUGGAAGGAAAGUCACUCACUGAGACUUGGCCCAGAAUAAAUCUGCUUUAACAGCC